GUCCAAACUCUUUCUUCAUCACUAAUAAACACAGAGGGACACAGGUCACAGGCAUUUCAGUAAUUGUGCUGCGUUCAUAAUGGCGCUGAAUAUAACAGGGACCCUACUCCUUGCUGCUGGGGCCACUCUUCUCAUUUACCUUAUACAAUGGUGGAAACAUAUAAAGCAGAGGAACCUGCCCCCGGGGCCCACACCUCUGCCCCUGCUGGGGAAUAUCAUGCAGACCAGCAGCACAGAAUUUACACAGUCUUUGGUUAAGCUGAGUGAGCAGUAUGGAUCAGUGUAUACCAUCUACCUGGGCAGUAGUCGUGCUGUUGUUCUGAUUGGCUAUGAUGCAGUGAAAGAGGCGUUGGUUGAUCACAGUGAUGUGUUUAGUGACAGAGGAGAUUUGGGUUCAUUUGUUGUAUUCUUAAAGGAUUACGGGAUCCUCAUGAGCAAUGGAGAAAGAUGGAAGACAAUGCGCCGCUUCUCUCUCAUGACUAUGAGGAAUUUUGGCAUGGGGAAGAGAAGCAUUGAGGAGAGGAUCCAGGAGGAGGCUCGGUGUCUUGGAGAAACAUUUAUGAAGAAAAAAGGAACCCCAUUCGACCCAGAAUAUCUACUGCAACUGGUGGCUUCCAAUGUUAUAUGUUCCAUUGUAUUUGGUGAGAGAUUUGACUACGAGGACAAGAAAUUCCUGACCCUCUUGUCACACAUCAGAGAUUUUAUCCACCUAUUUACUUCCAGAUAUGGUCAGCUUCUUAGUUUAUUUCCAACUUUGAUGACCUAUGUCCCUGGCCCUCACCAAAAAAUGUUUCCACAAUUCCAAAAAAUAAGAGACUUUGUGAUGGAAAUGGUGAGGUCCCACCGAGACACACUGGAUGAGAACUGCCCACGAGACCUCAUAGACUGUUUCCUCAUGAGGAUGAAAGAGGAAAUAAAAAACCCAAACACAGAAUUUCAUGAAGAGAACUUAUGUGGGACAGUAAUUGACCUGUUCUUUGCUGGGACAGAAACUACAACUAUAACAUUAACAUAUGGCUUUCUGAUUCUGCAGAAGUACCCUGAGAUACAAGAGAAGAUCCACAAGGAAAUAGACAAUGUAAUAGGCAGAGAUCGCUGCCCAUCAGUGGAGGACAGGAGUAAGAUGCCGUACACAGACGCUGUUAUACAUGAGAUCCAGAGAUUUGCAGAUAUUGUUCCUGCAGGACUGAUGCACGCAGCCAGCAAGGACACAACCUUCAGGGGAUAUCAUAUUCCAAAGGGAACAUGUGUGAUUCCAGUCCUGACCUCUGUCCUGAAAGAUCCCAAACAGUUCAAGAACCCAGAUAAGUUUGAUCCUGGACACUUUCUUGAUGAGAAUGGUGGCUUUAAGAAGAGUGAAGCGUUUAUGCCAUUUUCCACAGGGAAACGUGUGUGUGCAGGGGAGGGUCUGGCUCGGAUGGAGCUCUUCCUCUUUAUCACCACUAUACUGCAGAUGUUUACAUUGAAGCCCACAGUGAACACGGCGGAUAUAAUAAUAACACCGGAACCCAAGACCAAUGCUUCUAAACCUCACAUUUAUAAGAUGUUUGCCAUUCUUCGCUGAUGAUGUACUCAACAUUUUGCUGAUAAAUCAAGUUUUAAAAGCGCUUAUUAUUUCAACUGUUCCCCAUGAUUAAACAAAAUAUAUAAAAGAGUCAAUUCCAUUUUACAAUAAAUUCUGGGAGCAAAUAUAAAUUAACUAACAAAGCUUUAUUUACAAAAAUGGUACAAUGUAUGUUUAGAAAAUAAUGUUAACGAGAAAAUGGUUACACAAGUACAUACAUGUAAGUAAAUACAAAUAAAAAGGACAAAAGUUACAUGUAGAAAAUCUGU